GGAGUUUAGAUAUUGUACACACAGCGGUGGCGGGAGAUCGGGUAAAUAAUUAAUAAUAAUUAAGAUAUUGAAAAUCCCGCUGGCAUAAACGAGCAUAUUAGGAGCCGUUAGCGUGCUUGUUUGCGUUUUCGGAAGGAAGUCGCAAGGAUGGAUGAUUUCGGAGUUUACGCGGUUUUCGGAGUAAACGGUCCGCCUCAGAGGCUGCUGAGCGCCAACGGUUCCAGCAAGGUCCGUGUUGCAGUACCACCAAGCGUCCGUCAGGUGGUGCUGUUUAGCAGCGGCCAGUGGGGGGAGAGGAUCUGCGUCAACGCGGAGCUCAGCGAUGCUGCUCGGAUGCCCAUCACCAUCGGAAAACUGACUCCUUAUAACAAGUGUUUGUCAUGGGAGCAGUGGGAAGAGGAGACGUGGGUAGACAGCGUGACUCUGAACGUCUCUCUGGAGGGAGGAAACCUGUCAGCCGAACCAGAACUCAUCAUGGCUGUGAAGGAGUACACACCAAAGGACACGGCGGCGCCACCUGCAGCCCGAGAGCUUCACGGCAAGAGGAAAAGAGAGAAAACUAUAGAAGAGGAAGAAGAAGACAGUAACGGGACAAAGACAAGAAAAGAUGACGAGAACAUGUGCCCAAAUGUAACUACAGAGAAGACCACACCUAUGCGAAAGGUCAAAGGUCAAACUAGGGGCAUCCAGAAGCUGUUUGCUAGCGGAGCAGAUGCCACCAAUCUGAAGCGAGCGGCAGCGGAGACGCAGGGGACUGUGGGAAGAACGCCUCCUCAGAGUGCAGCCAGGACGAAGAGUAGGCAGGCCAAGGCUCCCACACACACCGCCCCGCCGGUCAGCCCGUCGGCUCGCUGGGGGCAGACAUUAUGUCCCAUCGAUGCUCAAACAGCAAUUCUGAUUGGAGGGCAGGGAGCCAGGACGCAGUUUUGCAAAGACCCCAUGUGGAAGCUCUGCACAGAGGACAUGUCCUGGGUGGCUGCAGAGACUCUGGCAGAGGGUCCGACCCCUGAUGCCAGGAUCGGGCACACAUCCAUCUACGACCCUGACUCGAGAAGGAUCUUUGUGUUCGGAGGCUCUAAAAACAAGAAGUGGUUCAAUGACGUUCACAUCCUGGACACACAGAGCUGGAAGUGGACCAUGGUGGAGGCUCAGGGUAAGGUUCCUCCCCUGGCCUACCACAGCUGCAGUAUGUUUCAGGGUGAGCUGUUCGUGCUGGGAGGGGUGUUUCCUCGGCCCAACCCGGAGCCCGACGGCUGUAGUGACUCUCUGUAUAUCUUUGAUCCCCGGCUCUCCAUUUGGUACCAGCCCAUUGUCACCGGAGACAAACCCUCACCCCGAUCAGGUCACUCUGCAUGUGUGAUGCAGGAGAGGAAGAUCUAUGUGUUUGGUGGGUGGGACACUCCUGUCUGCUACAGUGACAUGUACAUGUUGGACCUUGGUCUGAUGGAGUUUUCUGCUGUCAAAACAACUGGGAAACCCCCCUCUCCUCGAAGCUGGCAUGGCAGCGCUGUGCUGUCAGACACAAAGUUCCUGAUCCACGGCGGUUACAACGGAAACAAUGCCCUCAGUGACACCUUCAUCUUUGAUAUAGAAACCAACAGCUGGACAGAGGUGAGCGUCCCUCAUCUCUCUGUACCCAGGGCGGGGCAUUCCAUCAUCACCAUGGAGACAGCCACCCACUGCCGUUUCUUAGAGGAGGAUGCAGACGUGGAUGUGAAUGACGGCUCCGGCGGCAGAACUCUGCUGGUGUUUGGAGGCGGAGACAACGAGGGCAACUUCUACUCCGAUUUGAUCACGGUCACCGUGGAGGAGCUGCUCGGUGCUAUUUAAAGAUAGUGAGUCAGAGGUGAAUCCCCCCCCCCCCCGGCUGGAUGUAAAGCUAUUUUACCACCCCCACAGCUGCCUUUGUUAUUUAUAUUCCUGUAGUUUCUUUUUAUUCCUCCUUCAGCUGAAUGUGCCCUUUCUUCUUUUAGUUGUAUGCUUUCAAAGGUUUCUGCAGUUUUAUUUGAUGCACCUGGGCAUCUGAAUAGAGAUCUCUAAAGUUCAGUAUGUGGUGAAAAUCAGGAUAAAGAGGCAAACCACUGCUUUCUGAAAUGGACUUAAAGGAAAGAGAUUUCUCUCAUUAUGGAGCCCCCAGUCAUAAAAACAGUAAUAUUUGGUUUAAAGCGCAGGGAAGGUUGCAUGAUGUACAUAUGUUUGAAACCUCUGUUUCUCUCAGGUACUUUUUAAAAUAUUGAUUUAUAUGGUUGUCUUUUUCUGUUUAGUAAAAACUGAGGCUUUCUGUAGUUCUCUUGACUCGGAUUGCUUUAAGUUUUGUUUUUUUGUAUGUUCAUUCAUCCAUUUGUUUAUAUUUGUCAUCUCCCAAUUGUCACAGGGGAAAUAAGCUCUAUUCAUCUCACUGUGCUGUAGCAUUUUGCACUGCUGUUUUUACUUAUUACACAUUAAAAGGUAAUUAUUGUACUUC